ACUGUAUCCGUCCGAUACAGCUAGCCGGAUCAGGUUAGUAUCGCCAGUUCGUAUCGUUAUUCGUCCCGCCCUUAUCCUUGCAUUCCCUCGCCUUCUCAAAAAUGAUUUCUCGCCGGAGGAAGAGUCACCAUGGCGCAGGGAGCAGCCAUGCAUCGUCAUCAUGCUCAUACCAUCAUGGCAUCUCCCCCAUUUCCUUCCUUCUCCCCAAAAACCUUACCUCAGGCCCUGAACUCCACUCCCCACCAGAAGCUGCCUUCAUCCACUGCAACACACCGACUUAAUGUUUCCACGAAGGCCGAGCUCGCCAGCAAGUCUGCCAUCCAACGCAUCACGGAAAAACUACGGAACCUCGGGUUCAUCGAUCCUGCCGCGGAACUCCCGGGCUCCCACGACGAUGACGGUGCUGGGCCUGGCCCUGGCUCACCCGGCGAGAUCUUCAUUCCUUCCCCGAAGUCGCUUCCUGUCCCCAGGAUCGGUCGUUCCCUCGAUUCGAGCUGGACCACUCCCGACCACCCUGUCCCGGAGCCCGGCUCCGGCCGGGCGUUCGACCCGGUUCGCUCGGCCAGGGGAAAGAGAGAAAGGAAGCCGCCAGCUCCCUUGCUGGCCGAAAUAAUGAUACCGGAGGCUGAAUUGAGGCGCCUUCGAACGGCUGGAAUUCGGCUGGACAAGCGGCUCAAGGUCGGGAAGGCGGGCAUCACUGAGGGGAUCGUGAACGGCAUACAUGAACGUUGGCGGCGGUCGGAAGUGGUGAAAAUCAAAUGCGAAGAUCUUUGCAGGGUCGACAUGAAGAGAACCCAAGAGAUUCUGGAGAGGAAAACUGGAGGCUUAGUGAUCUGGAAAUCUGGAAGCACUAUAAUUCUUUAUAGGGGAUCCAACUAUGUAUACCCAUACUUUGUGCAUGAUAAGGUUCCCACAGGUGAGCUUAUUCAGGAUGAAGUGACCACAAAACCUGAUAUGAGCUUUGCUAGGGAAGCCAUCAACAAGGACAAUUCAUUGCCUGAAGCUGGUGGAAAGGAUGUUGAAAGUACACCGCCAUUUAGAUUAGCUGGGUCUUCCUUAGUUCUGGGUGUUGGUUCUCCCGACAAAGUUAGGUUUCAGCUUCCUGGUGAGUUAGAAGUUGUGGAAGCUUCUGACAGGCUAUUAGAUGGGUUAGGGCCACGGUUUAAUGAUUGGUGGGGAUAUGAUCCUUUGCCUAUUGAUGCGGAUCUUUUACCUGCUCUGAUUCCUGGAUAUCGAAGACCAUUUCGGCUUCUUCCCUACGGAAUCAAACCAAAGUUAACAGAUCGUGAAAUGACCAUUCUAAGGAGACUUAGUCGGCCAUUGCCUUGCCAUUUUGCACUAGGAAGAAACAGGAAUCUUCAAGGGUUGGCGGCUGCUAUUGUUAAGCUGUGGGAAAAGUGUGAAAUUGCUAAAAUUGCAGUUAAGAGGGGAGUUCAGAAUACCAACAGCGAGUUAAUGGCUGAAGAACUUAAGCUACUGACUGGUGGAACUCUCUUAUCACGAGAUCGGGAAUUCAUUGUUUUUUACAGAGGGAAAGAUUUUUUGCCUCCUGCUGUUUCAAAUGCAAUUAAAGACCGAAGGAAGCAUAUGCUCUAUGAAGAGCACAAACUGGAAAGUGAGAAUAUUAUUUCACCUCCUCAUGGUGCUGUGGAGUCUGGAGUGAAGCAUCCUGAACUUGUUUCUUCAACUGCAGUCCUGGAUGUAAAAGGUCCAGCAGGAAGUAAACUUGAUGAUGAACAAAGAAGGCUGGACUUGGCUCGUUCAGCUAUGCGAAGGAUGGACGUCAGACUUUCUAUGGCAGUAGAGAAGAAAGAAGAGGCCGAAAGGGAACUGGUGGAACUGGAGAGUAAAAUUGAUAGUGCAGAACCUAUACUUGAUCGGGAAGCCGUAACAGAGGAAGAAAGAUACAUGUUACGAAAGCUUGGACUGAGGAUGAAGGCCUUUUGUGUUUUGGGAAGACGAGGAGUUUUUGAUGGCACAAUUGAAAAUAUGCAUCUUCAUUGGAAGUAUAGAGAGCUUGUAAAGAUAAUUUCAAAAGAUCGGUGCAUUGAAGAUGUCCAAAGAACAGCUCGAAUAUUAGAGGCAGAAAGUGGGGGGAUAUUAGUGGCUGUUGAAAGGGUGAACAAGGGAUAUGCUAUAAUUGUAUAUCGUGGGAAAAACUAUGUUCGCCCUGAUAAUCUGAGACCUCGUACCCUUUUAAGUAAAAGGCAAGCAAUGAAGCGGUCAAUAGAAGAACAACGCUACAGUUCAUUGAAGCUUCAUGUCCUAAAGCUCGGGAAAAACAUAGAGAAGAUUAAAGAUCAGAUGGCUUCUGAAAGAUAUGCUGGAUUGAUGCAUGCCUCCAAGUACGGUGAGAUAAAACCAUCCACAACUGAAGGUAAAAGUAAUUCUUCGCUGGAUAAAUCUGAAGCGUCAGCAGCCAUAGAUAAUGUGAAGGAUAACAUGUCAAGAAUGAUUGCUUCCGACAGUGAAGAUUUCUCUGAAACAGAUGGAGAGGGUGAUGCAUCUGGAAACGAAAGUGGAGAUGGGGAUUCAUCUUCACCUGAUGAUGCUAGGUUUCCAUUACAGGCCACCCUUGCAUUUGAUAAUCAGAGGCAAUUCAAUUCACAAGUCAGAGAAGACCCAUCAGAGUUGGUGCUUGGUGCUGCCUCCACACUUACAGACCCUGAAGAUAAUGAUUUGGAUGCUCGGAAUAUAUUCAGAGCUGCACCUCUUUCAAACAAAGAAAGGCUUCUCUUAAGAAGACAAGCCCUCCUCAUGAAGAAGCGGCCUGUUCUUGCCAUUGGACGAAAUAACGUUAUUACUGGUGUUGCCAAUGCGAUCCUGACACACUUCAAGAAGAAACCUCUUGCCAUUGUGAAUGUCAAAGGUAGAGCUAAGGGAACAUCAAUCCGGGAGUUAGUUUUCAAGCUUGAGCAAGCGACUGGGGCUGUAUUAGUGUCUCAAGAGCCCAACAAAGUCAUAUUAUACAGGGGUUGGGGUGCCAACGAGGAGAAGCCUGGUAGCAGAAGUAUUAAUUCAAAAGCUGCCAAGAAUGCGGGUAAUGGAGGUGCAGUUUCUCCAGAAGUUAUGGCCGCCAUCCGAUUUGAAUGUGGAUUAGCAGAUGCUGAAGACGCAGAAGGUACUCUUGAGUAGACUUUUGGUGGUGGUAUUUGAGCAAGCUCCAACAAAAUCAAUGAUGAGCAGAAGAAUCUCUCUCUCUCUCUCUCUCAUGUUGUAUCUUGUAAUAAGUAUUAUGUAAUUCUUAAUUCUUAAUUAAUAGAUUAUUAUCAUUUUCAUUCGUUUA